ACAGCAAUAACUUGUCAGCGGGAUGGGGCACACUACGUUGAGAGUUAAAGAAUCUUCCACGAACGAAGCAUGAAAGUUUCGCUACUUUUUGCUGUCAUGGCUUGCACUGGUACCUGUGGGCACGGGGAGCCAACAACAGUGACAACAACAGAAAUCACAAACACUAUAUCAAGAACACCAAUUAGUGACAUCACAAGCACAUCACAGAAAAAGCCUACAAGUGCAACUACCGGAAGAUCAGUGACUACAACCAAGCUUCUAAACAUGACCACGUCCAUGACAACCUCUUCUCAAAAUGAAACCAGCACCAACUUCACGACAGCAAUUUCAUAUGGGAAGUAUAAACUGUUCUCUUUAUCCACAUACCUUUAUUGCCAAUGCGAAUUUUACUGGUCACUUUCAGGAGAAUGGAGCAGGAUGAAGGAAAGAACUGCACCACCUGUUUCAAAGCCUGGGCAAUUAUUAUUUCUCUCGUUGGCGGCUUCUGGAUAA